UCUUAUGAGUUUCUGGCUUCGGUAUGAAGUGUGCUCAUAGAUCUCAAAUGGGGUUGUUUUGUUUUUGGCUUUUAUGGAAGAAAUGCAUUGGAAAUGUUUGAAAAUCUUUUGGGUUUUCCAUUUCUGUGAACUUCCCCUUUUCUCUGGAUCUGUCUUUUCUGAUAUGGUUAUCUUCUACGUAGUGUUUCUUUUUCCUCUUUGAAAAUUGCCUUAAAGAUAUGGUCUUUUAGUUAUUUUCAUUGUACAGCAACAAAAAGGAAAUAAAUGUGAAGUAGAUUAGUUAGUUUGGAGGUGAAGAAAAUGGAUUAAAGGCGGCCAUAUGUGUUAGUAAAACACUGGAAGGUGCUUCUCAAAAGAAACAGUUCUCAACAAUCUUAGUGUUGUCACAGAAAGGAAUGGUCACUCAACUUGGAGAAAAUGGAGGUGAAUACUGGAAAUUCCUGUUACAAUGAAAAGCAAUAUUUAGUUCAUUCCAAAUCUACCAAUGAAGAAAAAAGGCCUGCUGAAAAAGAAUCGAGCACUCCUGUAUUUGUUAAUUAUGCUGCAAUUGCUUGGCAUGAGAGUAGAAAAAAGUGGGUUGGUGAUCAGCGGAUGCAAAGAAUGGCAAAGGAUCCAAUCAUAAGCUGGUCAACAGCAUAUGAAGAUCUGCUUUCGACGCAUGACUCUUUUCCUGAGCCAAUCCCCUUAACUGAAAUGGUAGACUUUUUAGUUGAUAUAUGGCAUGAUGAAGGCCUCUUCGAUUAGACAGUGUGGAGACAGAUUAAAGUUGAAGAAGUCAUGAAAACCCUUACAGUCCCUAAAUAUAAUCUAAUUUCAUGUAGAUGAUCUGAUACAUGAGGUGGGAAAGCAUUGCUAGGAACAAAAGGAAAAUCCUUUUUCAUCUUCUUAAUUCUUUGCAUUGUAAAAUCUAGAUAUUGUACAACAUUACCUCUUCAAUUGUUGGGGAAAAAAAUUAAUGUAAUCCCACUCAGUUCUAAUUCUGAACUAUGGACUACGAAUAAUUUAAAGGAGAAGUUAGUUGUAUUUGUUGCUUC